AUGCGUGCCACUUUCGCUCUCAGCAACGCUUUCCGCACUCCCCUCAUUCGCUUCAUUGGCAAGCGUUCUGUGCCCACUGCCGUGGACCACACUCCUCGCGUUCACCCUGCUUCUCCCGUCGGUACCCUCCCGGAUUCCUUCGCUAGCUACCGCGCCAAGGCUCAGCAGCACGGUCCCCUCGGUCGCGCUCAGUUCGGCGGCAUUGGUGGCCAGCCUGGUGCCUCCCUCGGCCCCGUUCAACCCCAGGAUGGUGCUUUCUUCGAUCGCGCUGAGCUUCCCUCUCGCUUCGGUCGUCUGCCCUGGAGCCAAGCCGAGAUUGAGGCCAUUGAGACCGGUGGUGCGAGCAUGUUCGCGUAA